UAAUAAAAUUUAAAAAUUUAAAUUGUAGUUUACUAGAAAUCCGUUUGAAUUAUUUAAUUAAACAAUAGGGAAGGACGAUUUUUAUUUGUUUGUUUGUUUCAUAACAAAAUUCUGAAUUUUUAAUUGUAUACACACCAUUUAUAAUUCUAGUAUAUACGGGUUAUUGUACAGUAACCAAUCAUCAUUUUGUUGUCGCGUAUCCCGUACGUAAAUAUCAAACUUUACUUAUUCGGGUCGUGUUGGACAGAGCGAAGCACGACGCGUGUGUGCACGGUAGUAUGGGCAGUAUGGAAUAAACACACACUAUGACAACGCUAAUUCUCUUUCAACAAACCAAGAAAACACGAAACUUCGUCUCGCGCCCGAUAUAAAUAACAAAACGACAUAGUGGUGCAAAGAUACGCUUGCUAUCAAUCAUAAACAGCCACUCGAACGCACACAAUCGAAUCCCGUCGCCUCUCUCUUCCCCGUUCAUGCGUCUCCAACAUACGGGAUCUUAUCACCACGCGUGUAUCCACGUGCGAGCCACAAAACUUUCCGGAGGAGAGCGACGCCGCUCCAAUCGCAACCGUCGUCCUCGUCACCCGUCUAAACAACCACCGAAACGAAAACAAUCACUCAACAUCGCAUCCACUCCACACGCACCUACAACAUACGGGACCUUCGGACCCCACCGUGUCAGAGGUGAGGCACAGUGAGCCCUCCGGAGGCGGCCGACGGAGACAGGAGAACGCACAUGGAGUCGGAAAAUUUAUUCCGAGCGACGGACACUCGGAAUGAGUUGAUUGAGAGUUUGACCCCAGACCAUGCUGACUGUGGGAAACGUGGGCUGGCAGCCAGAGGACACACUUGUGUGUUGUGUGCGACGAAUUUCGCGUCCCGAGCACGACUGCUUAUCCACGACACGAUCGUGCACGGAAGAGUGAGGAGACACGGAUGCCCUCGAUGCACCGAGACAUUCAGACUGAGACUCCAUCUGUCGUGGCAUGAGAAAUCGGUGCACGCGCAGUCGGGAUCUCACGACAGUGACACAACGACGAGAAGUGAUUUUUCAAUGUGGAGACGUGGGAGGAUCGUAGUGGGGAGGAGAUCGUUGUUGUUGUGUUCGUAUUGUGGGAAGUGUUGCCACGGGCGACGGGCGCUCGAAUGGCACCGGUCGGUCAUUCAUCGACGAAAGACGUCGUGUUCGUAUCGGAAGGACCGAGAGUUGUUUUCUCAACGAAACGGGCUUUGUCGUCGAGCGGCAAUUCGACAUGCUAACGUUCGUCGAGUCAACGACAACGAACCAGACGUGGAUUGUGAUGAUGUAAAUGCGUCGUCUGGUGGUGACAGAACGGAGGAGGGCGGUGAGAGAAACGUGGCACACGUGACCGACCGUUUAAUGUCUGAGUCUGUUGUCAAAGACGAGAGGCAACAAUGGAGUAAACCGAGUCAGAGACACGACGAUGGCGAUCACAAGUCGAUAGGCAUGAAAGCCGGCAUACGUUGUGAUACGACAGAUGCGACCGUGUGUGAUGUGAAUGCCUCGUGCGUUGGUGAGAAAAUCGAGAGAAAGAGUGACGUGAUACGGACGGGUGAUCGGCAUGUUGACGAGUCUGUUAACAGAAAUAAUGGUCAACGAUGUAGUAAAGUAAAUGAUAGACACGGUGGUAACAGAAAUCAGUUAGUGAAUAGUGCGAAAGCUGGAGUGCAUUGUGGUGUGUCGAAGACGGUUUUUAGUGGGAGUAAAUCUUCGGUUCUUAAAGUCGGAAAAGAUAUUGCUUUCCAAACAUUUUCCUGUGUGCGACCAUUAUCACUCAGUUGGAAAUUCGCGACAGCAAAGAAGCAACCAGAAAAGCAAUACACAUGCAGCGAGUGCGGCCUGUUACUGAAAGCAAAGAAAAACCUUUCGCGACAUCUCGCCAUCAUUCACGGAUACGGAAGAUUCUUUCAGUGCUCAUUCUGUGGCCGACGCAUACGCUGCAAGUCAGAGCUCAUACACCACAUACGAGCCACACACCAAACGGUACUGACAAUGGACGAGGUCGAUCAACUUGUUCCAAUUGAGAACCAGAAACCUCUGAGGUCGCCGACUUCGUCGAGUACUCCAACCUUAGUAAUUAAGACAAUCCCACACAAACACAAAAAUGUACAACAGACGAGGCACAAGAUUCCCAUUCUUCGAGUUGAAGACAGAAAACUGAGAGACGAACGUCAGAGUUCUGUGGACGAUGAAGUGGGAGUGACUAAUAGAGUGACUGUAUGCCGCGAGAGAGGGGCCGAUGAAGUUGUGGAUGUGAGUAUCGCCGGUAACGCUCGUCGUAAUUCUAUUGAUAACAAUUGUAAAGAGUCUAUUGUUGAUGAUGUUGAGACUAUGGUUGUUUGUGGGUCUCCGGUUGAUGACGACUUGGUGACGCAAGCUGCUACGAAUCGAAGGAAUUUGUUCGAAGAGGUUCAGCGACGGUUUUUCGUUGAUGCCGAGAGCGGGGAUACUGAUGAUGUUGUUGUGAAAUCGGAGUUGAAGAGUAGCCAAGUAGAUAAUCAGGAAGAGUCGUCGUUGGAUGAUGAAAAAGAGGGAGACUUCAUUGCUAGAAUGGCUGAGAAAGUUGGCGACAUUUCGGUGCUACCGCCUCAUAUCAGAUAUCCCGUUUGGGUCUCCAAGCGCAAAGCCCAACAACAACCACAACAACCCUUCAUACUUAUUCAGCCAAUCAACUUGAACGCGUGCAGAGUACGCGGCACGAGUCAUCUCUACAAAUGUCCGGACUGCAAGAAGCAUUUGAAAGGCGACCGAACGUUUCGCAGACACAUGGGCGUCAUGCACGGCAAAGGCAACUACCAUCAGUGCAGUGAGUGCGAGCGACGAUUUCGUGGACCGUCCGAACUUCAAAGGCAUGUGAACACGGUUCACAGCGAUAGGCACGAAACCGUCGAAAUGAAGACAACCUCACCCAUCAUGGCAUCACUACACUACCCAUGCGUUCUCUGCGGAGACCACUUCCCCAGCCGAGACUCAGUCAACGUCCAUCGUCAACUAGCACACCAAAUCGAAGGAAUCACAACAAACACACCAACAAACCCUCAACCAACAUCACACCAUCCAUCCCCGCCCGACAGUCCCCCAACCCAUCAACCGCACCACACACACCACAAUGUCCCGUGGCUGCCCUCCUUCUACUAUCGUCCGACGGCCAAUUUCAGAGAGAGGAGAUUCGCGAUGAGCGAGACGCUGCUGAGAAAGAUGGCGCGCACGCCGUUGAAACGCGAUUUAUUCGUCAACUGUAAACGAUCGAUGCGAGUGGACAGUCUGGCGUUGAAGCUGGCAGAAAGACGGACGACGUCGGGAACGAACAUGGAGGUGGAGUUGUUGUUUUGAGUUGCUUUUUCUGUGACGCGCGUUGGUGAGUGGGUUGUGAGUGAGUGUGUGGCGCCCGGCGCGUUGGUGUACGUAGAGAAUUCGCGACGAUUAUGUUUUGGUGUUGAUGCCCUGUGCGGUCGUUUACCGUAUACGAUAGUCUUCUUGCUCAUGCAUGUUUAAAUAUACCAAAAAAUUUGGAA